AUGAAUGCCGACCAACAAGUCUUCGAGGACAUCUUGGACCACAUACCGGAGAGGGAUCAAGCUGCGUUGCAACAGCAAAAUGGCAUCACUGACCUCUCCAAGCUAGUUGACAAGAAAGGUCAGUUGCAGCAGCGUCAGCUCGAUGGUGUCUGCUCUGAUGUCCAAAUGGCUCUUCAUCUCGUUUGCACGUACUUGGAGAGUCUCGAUGCAGCAUCCACCUUCACAUGGGAAGGACUCGCAAAUUUUUCCGGAUUCGUUGACGACUCAGGUAACUACGAUUUGGACUUGGCCGAUGAGACGAGAAAGAAGAAAAAACAAACCACGGAGGAUAACGACCCGGACGGCUACAAUCUCACAGCGAAGGAACGGAAGCAAAUGGAACAAAGGAUCGGGAAUGAUCCUUUGACGAUGAAGGUCCGUGGGUUUUCUUCUCGGUCCUUACAGUUCGAGAUGGACAAUCUUGACAAGAAGAAGCUAGUGGAAGAUGCCAGCGAAAAGAUGCAGGUUGCCUUCAAUGGAAGCGUCUUCUACGUGAACAAGUGCUACUACUACGAGCAGGAGAAUGGCGAAAGUGUGACCGUAGCUAUUCUUAAGUUCACAAGGAACGAGCAAAAAGCAAUCGUGGCAUUGGUCGUCAGGUUUAUGGAAACGUGUAUGGGACCUGGGCUCGAGGAAGAACCUCCUAUUGGUGUUCCAGCUACCUACGAAGAAGACCAGACUGGACUCCCCACAUACGUCCAAGUGCGCGAGAAACCGGGCUCUGAACCUAUUCUCCCGUUGUCGUCCCUUAAACCAUGCCACGAUCCGUCCGACAAGCCGGAUCUUCUAUUCGAACCGCAGCAAAUAGGGCAGUCACCUCACAACUUUGGCUUCGUGUACGAGAAUGACGGCAAGAACCGUGGAGAAGAGCGAGAAGAAAUUAAGUUCCUGGACUUGUUUGCUGGAGCUGGCGGAUAUCACCAGGGUGUGAUGCAAGUUCCCGGCCUAAAAGGAGUGGCUGCUGUUGAGUAUUGGGAUACUGCAUGCGAGACCUUCCGAAAGAACAACCCUGAAACGGAGGUAUAUUGCCAGAAGGUGGAAGACUUCAUCGAGGAGAAUGGCCCCACUCCUUCAGACUUCCGUAAGAAACAUGGAGAUAUGCAGGUUGUCCUGUGUAGUCCUCCAUGCCAGUCUUUCUCGGGCUCUAACCGCGAUGUUGACCAUAAUGGCGAGAAGGACCUUUACCGGAAAAGACUUUCGUUGAAGUUCUUUGAUGCCAUGAACACCACUGGGGCUCUGAUCGGUGUCUUCGAGAAUGUCGAGGGAAUGUGGCGACGUCCAAACAUAUAUUUUCUGAAGAAGAUUGUCCUGGAUCAUCUUCUCGCCGGGUAUCAAGUGCGAGUUCGACUGUGCCGUGCCCACGUCUUUGGUGAUCCUCAGGCCCGUCCUCGACUUAUCAUCUUCGUGGCCAAGAAGUACGUCGAAAUGCCCAAUGUCAUUGAAACUCACGGUCCAGGCAAGCAUCCAUACGUCACGGUUGGGAACGCAUUCAAGGGUCUUGACAAGACUUUGCAGAAGGUAAAGGACAAUCCCGAUACGAUGGCACCUAUCCCAAACCUGGAAGGAUCCAUGAUACAAAAAGUCGGCGAUGAAAAGGAUAUUCUCAAUGCCGAUAAACCCGCCGGGACCAUUCGAUGCGGCGGACGUGCCUGGCAUCCAACGGGGAAUCGCGCCAUUACGGUCCGUGAAGCAGCCACCCUUCAGUCUUAUCCAGUUCGCUAUGAGUUUGCUGGUUCCCUUACCGACCAAUACAAGCAAGUGGGGAAUGCUGUUCCAGGGCAGAUGGGCAAAGCCAUCGCCAUGGCUUGCAAAGAGAGUCUACGCUUUGUCUAUGACGAAGAAAUCGAGGAGUUUGAGAAGGCUGAAAAAGUGUCCAAGGCAGACGAGAACGGACAAGGCAUGGAUGCGGAGGAUGCAGUGGGAAUGGCGGACGAAGAGAAGACUGGGAGUGUCGACGAGGAUGCUCCCAUGGAAGAAGUCAACGGUACGAAUUCCAGUGCCGAAUCUCAUGGCGUCUCGAGCAAAACUGCCGGCAUGUAUGAGGCGGGCAACAGCACCGAAGGAGGACGAAUGGAGGCAUCGGUGGAAGAGGCACAACUUUGA